AUAGACUCCUAUGGUGCUUUGGGAAGCUCAGAUGUGGUCCUUCUCCUCCAUGGUUUCCCCACCUCCAGCUAUGACUGGAACAAGAUCUGGGAUCCACUCACACAGCGCUUCCAUCGAGUCAUUGCACUGGACUUUCUUGGAUUUGGCUUCAGUGACAAACCAAGACCCCACAGAUACUCCAUCUUUGAACAGGCCAGUAUAGUUGAAGUGGUGAACCAUUUGGGUCUGAGCAAUCAGCGUCUCAAUCUGAUAUCCCACGACUAUGGAGAUACUGUGGCUCUGGAGCUGCUGUACAGGAGUGACCAAAAUCGCAGCGGCCAUCUGAUCUUCAACAGCCUCUGCCUUUCAAAUGGAGGGUUAUUUCCAGAAACUCAUCACCCACGGUUGCUGCAGACGCUGAUGAAGGACUCAAGUAUUCUAGGGACGGUUCUGACACGCCUCAUUAACUCCAUGAUCUUCCAGAAGGGCAUUGGAGAAGUGUUCGGUCCCUACACUCAGCCCACAGAUGCAGAGCUCUGGGACAUGUGGACCAUUUUACGCUACAAUGAUGGCAACUUGGUUUUAGACAGUAUUCUCCAGUACCUCAAUCAGAGAGCUCAGCACAGAGAUCGAUGGGUGGGAGCGCUCACGUCUACACAUGCCCCAUUGCACAUGAUUUACGGACCUCUGGACCCUGUCAACCCCCAUCCACAGUUCAUCCGUCUUUAUGUGCAUCUGGUGAAGAAGUCGACCGUCACGAUUCUGGACGACCACAUCAGUCACUACCCUCAGCUGGAGGACCCCACUGGCUUCCUAAAAGCUUAUUUUAAUUUCAUCCACUCUUUCUGAACAGAUCAGACACAGGCACCUUGUGUGAGUAAUCAAAACCAGAUCAAAAUGAUUUUCCACCCUUAGUUAGGAAUGUUAGGAACUAAUGAAAAGUCUGAGGAAAACAAAUGCACAUUUAUAGAAACCUGAGAUGAUCAACUACUGUAAUAUUGAGCAUAUCUGUUGAAUCCAACAUUCUGAAUUACUUUUGAUAUCAUUUUCUACAUUAUGCUAAAUGUUAACUAUCUUUAAAUAAAAUU